AUGGCCACUCGGGGCAGCGAGUUGACGGCCACCGGCCUCACCCUCACGCUGAUUGCCUUUGGCGCGGGCGUCGGCUCUGCCGGCACUUUGGUCUUGCUUCUCAACUUCGCCGGGGUGCUCGCCGGCGCUAGCUUCAUCUUCGUCGGCGUCCGGGCCGCCGACGACCCGACGGCGCCCAUAGGCCGCCCCGGGUUGCUCUCAGCUGGUGUACGCGCGCUCGUACACUGCCUGCGCCGCAAGCUCGCCCUCGUGGGCCUCCUCUUGGCGUCCUCUGCUGUUAGUGCGGCGGCGGCGGUGGCGGACAGGCAGGCGGCACCGAUGCUCUGCUUCUGCGCGUUUGCUGUGAUGCUGCUCGGCAUCUCACUCCUCAACAUCGGAGUUCUUCUCGGGGAACAGGAACUGUAG